AUGACAAAUAAUAGCAAUUUCCUAUCUUUAAGUUACAUUAACAAAGUGGACAUGUUCUUAGACUUUGCUUAUUCUAAUGACAUAAUUGUUGAAACCAACAUAAGGCCAACAGGAGAAGUAGUCCUUCAAAUUAAAUGUCCAUGUACCAUUUGCAAAAAUAAUCACUAUAGGCCUAGAGAUGUUCUUAAAGAACACUUGCUCACUAAAGGAUUCAUUCGUAACUACACAAGAUGGGUUGAACACGGUGAAACAGAAAUCGAAGAUGCGGUGGAAUCUUCUACUCCAAUGGAAGUUGAUGAUGAUCAUGACGAUGGUAUGAACCGGAUGGUAUGGGAGAACAUACGAGCUGCUUGUUUUCAAUCAAAUCCUGAAUCAGUUUCGCAAGAAGAAGAUAUACCGAAUGAAAGAGCAAAACAAUUUUAUGACAUGUUAGAAGAUGACAACGAGCGUUUAUAUUAUGGGUGUGAUGAAUGGUCAAAACUAGAAGCUGCCACGACUUUGUUGAAUUGGAAAUCAACUUGUAAUGUAACCGAGUCUACCUUUAAUCACAUACUUCCCAUUUUUAAAAGUAUGUUACCUACUGCUAAUAAGCUACCAUCGAACUUGUAUGAGACCCAAGCCAUCUUAAAGGAACUCCGUCUUCCGAAAAAGAGGUAUGAUGCUUGCAAAAACCAUUGCAUGCUAUUCUACAAACAAGAAGAUUUGUCGCUGACUCAUUGUCAAUACUGCAAGGAGCCUCGUUAUAAAUUUAACAAAGUGCCUUAUUUAGUAAUGACGUACAUGCCGAUUGGAGAGAGACUUAAGAGGUUGUAUAUGUCGGAGAAGACGGCCAAAGAUAUGAUAUGGCAUUCGGUUCACAAAACAAAAGAGGGUAGCAUGUCACAUCCAAGUGAUGGUGAGGCGUGGAAACAUUUUGAUGAAACACAUCCAUCAUUAGUAGAAGACAAACGAAACGUUUGGCUUGGGUUGUGCACGGAUGGUUUUAGCCCGAAUAACACAAUUUCUAAUCCUUAUUCAUUAUGGCCCGUUUUUCUGACAAUUUACAACUUACCUCCUUGGAUGUGCACGAAAGACUCAUACAUUAAAUUGUCUUUGGUUAUUCCAGGAAGAAAAAGUCCUGGUCAAAACUUAGAUGUGUUUCUUCAACCAUUAAUAGACAAGCUAAAAGAUUUAUGGUAUCAUGGUGUUGAAGUGUAUGAUGCUUAUCACAAACAGAAUUUUACGAUGAAAGCAAUGCUUUUGUGGACAGUCAGUGACUUUCCUGCUUAUGCAAUGCUCUCGGGUUGGAGCACACAUGGUAGGUUGGCUUGCCCUCAUUGCAUGGGUAACACAAAUUCAUUUCAGUUAAAUUCCGGAGGGAAACCUACUUGGUUCGACUGCCACCGAAUACAUUUACCAGAAAGACACGCAUUUUGGCGUGACAAGAAAGGAUUCAAGAAAGGAGUUUCCCAAUUGUCAUCUACUGUACCACUAGAAUUGACAGGUGAACAAAUUUUAAGCGAAGUUUCAAACUUUCCAACUGUUUAUGAAGGCCGACCAUACUCGGCAAAGAAUGCAAAAGACCCAAAUUUUGGCAAAACCCAUAAUUGGGUAAAGAAAAGUAUAUUCUGGGAGUUGCCAUAUUGGCAUUCUUUGUUAAUCCGACACAACCUUGAUGUGAUGCACAUCGAGAAGAAUGUUUUUGAGAAUCUAUUUAACACUAUCAUGGACACUCCCAAAACAAAGGACAAUAUCAAAGCAAGGAAGGAUAUUGAAUUGUAUUGUGAUCGGUUGAGCUUGCAUACUUUUGUUGGAAACAAUAAUAAAGUUGUGAAACCAAAAGCUUCAUACACUAUAACAAAACCAGAAUUGAAGAAGGUUUGUGAAUGGUUGAAGAAAGUGAAAUUUCCUGAUGGCUAUGCUUCAAAUAUAGGGGCAUGUGUGAAUGCUCAAGAGUGUAGCUUUUAUAGUUUCAAGCGUCAUGAAUGUCACGUGUUUAUGCAACGGUUAUUGCCUAUAUCUUUAAGAGGCAUGCUACCUGAUGCAAUAUGGGACGCAGUAACUGAGUUGUGCACCUUCUUUGGUGUAAUAUGCUCAAAGGUGUUACACAUUGAGGACUUGCAAAAACUUGAAAAAAGUAUUGUAGUAACUAUAUGCAAGUUAGAAAAAAUCUUUCCACCUGGAUUUUUUGACUCAAUGGAACACCUUGUUAUCCAUCUAACACGUGAAGCGAUUCGUGGUGGUCCAGUUCAAUAUAGAUGGAUGUAUCCGUAUGAAAGGAAAUUGGGGAUAUUGAAAAGAACUGUUAGAAAUAAAGCAAAGGUAGAAGGGUCUAUUGUUGAGACAUAUAUCGCAAAUGAACUCUCUACAUAUUGUUCCUUACAUCUUAACUCAAAAAUUCCAACUCGGUUGAAUCGCGAGCCUCGUAAUUUUGCUCCUGAGAAUCCUAUCUCUUCAACCAUCGAUUCUCGGUUAAGCAUAUUCAAAGUUCCAUCUCGAAGAUUAUUUGAGAAGGGGGGAGUAAAUAGAGUAUGGACUGGAAGUGAGCAUCAUAAGGCUCAUACUUAUAUCCUGCUUAACACGGAAGAGGUUCAUGAAUACAUAUGGAAGUUUGAUGAUUGGAUUAUCGAACAGGAUCCAAAUCUUGAAGCCGGAGAUCGUGAUAAAAGAAGACAGAAAGAUUUUGCACACUGGUUUGAAAUCUAUGUUACAACUUCCCCAACAUGCAUGAAUGAACAUCUGAGAGACUUAGCAUUCGGUCCCCUAAAUAAAGUCAAAUUACAUAAUGGGUACUUUAUCAAUGGUUACAAGUUUCACACUUUAAAACAAUCUAACGGGCGGGUUACACAAAAUUGUGGUGUAUGUGUGAAAGGUGCUUGUUAUGACAACCAUGAAACAUCACAAGCAGAACAAGUUUAUUAUGUAUCAUAUCCUUCGACGACAAGAGAUUUGAAAGAUUGGUCAGCUGUUGUCAAAGUAAAACCAAGGGGUAUAUAUCAACUUGCAGAAGAUGUCAGUGAAGCAGUGGAUGAUGAUGGUGAUGACAGCGAUGAGGAUGCUGAUUGUUUCUAUCAAGAGAAUGAGAGGUUACCUUGUCUAGCUAGUACAAAUGAGGAUGUUGGGCCAAUCUUUUUUGAACAGAGAGAAGUAGAUAAUGUUGUGAACAACAUAGCGGUUGAAAGUAAUAGUGAAGAAGAAGAGUCAUUUGAUGAUUUAGAAGAGGGUUCAGAUAGUGAGGAUAUAGACGUUUACUUUUCUGAUCAUUCUUCAAAUUGA